UUGAGGUCCUCUGGUAUGUGACAGCUGAUGUACAGUGUAAAAUGUUGAUUGGAUAAAUGAUUGCUUGGUGAAAUGUUAUUAUGCAAUGAAAAUAAUGAAUCGUCAUAAUUGUCUUGAUUUGCCAAACAUAACAAAAUAUGUUGACACAAACCUCCACAAUCGUGGGAAACUUGUUAUAAAUCUACCCCAAACAAUUUGAUCUCCGACGUAUAUAGCAUAGACAUUUAAACCAGGGGAAUUAAAGUAGGUUUAUUAACUUCCAUAAUAUUAUUUCAUAAUAAACUACGAAUCCCAGCUUUCUACAGACUUCCCUGUAGUCCUCACAUUCCCAGCAUUCACUACUAGUACACGGUGUAAGAUGGCAGCAAACCCAAGCACAAACACACCUCUUUUUGACUGCCCGUCAUGGGCAGGGAAACCUCCUCCUGGACUCCAUCUAGAUGUGGUGAAGGGCGACAAGCUAGUAGAGAAGCUAAUCAUUGAUGAAAAGAAAUACUACCUGUUUGGGCGGAACCCAGACUUGUGUGACUUCACGAUAGACCACCAGUCGUGUUCUCGUAUCCACUCAGCCCUGGUCUACCACAGACACCUCAAGAGGGUUUUCCUGAUCGACCUCAACAGCACGCAUGGUACAUUCCUGGGUCGUAUCCGUCUGGAGCCCCACAAGCCCCAGCAGGUGCCCAUCGACUCCACCAUGUCGUUCGGGGCAUCCACGCGGGUCUACACCCUGAGAGAGAAGCCCCAGACCCAGACCAACACCAUACCUGGAGGGGAGGUGAAGGCAGGGGAGGACGAGGAGCUCAAAGGACUGCUGGGUCUACCUGAGGAGGAGACUGAGCUGGAGAACCUGACCGAGUUCAACACGGCCCACAACAAGCGUAUCUCCACCCUGACCAUUGAGGAUGGCAACCUGGACAUUGUGAGGCCCAAGAGGAAGAGGAGGAGUAGCAGGGUCUCCUUCAGUGAGGAGGAGGAGGUCAUCAACCCAGAGGACGUUGACCCAUCAGUAGGGCGCUUCAGGAACAUGGUACAGACUGCUGUUGUCCCGAUCAAGAAGAGGAAGAUGGAGGGUCACGCUACACUAGGUCUGGAGGACUCUGUGGCCAGACGCAUGCAGAACUUCCCUUUCAGUGGAGGGCUCUAUGGAGACCUCCCACCCACCAUUGGAGAGUCCGGCUCCCUCCCCGCCACGGCCCAGGGUGGAGCUACUAUCCUGGGGGGCCUGCCGCUGGUCUUCCCUAACCCUGCUCCAGAGGUGGACCUCUCCCCCACCUCAGCCUCAGCACAGCCCUUCGUCACUCCCAUCCCUGCUGUUAACCUCGCCCUCGCCCCCGGACCGUACACCCCCGAGGCUCUCAACGAACCACGCAAGAAGAAAUACGCCAAGGAGGCGUGGCCAGGGAAGAAGCCCACCCCUUCUCUUCUAAUAUAAGUCAUAUUCAAAAUGGCAACCUAUUUCCCUUAGUGCACUACUGGCCAAAGGUAAUGCACUAUAUAGGGAAUAGGGUACCAUUUCAAAUUUGCACAUAGCACCUCCCUGGACAAUAUAAUGGGAGGGGUUAGUAUUAGUUAGGAGAGUGGUCACGUCUCUGGACAUCCUAUCAAUCAAGACUUCCUGUACUGUACAAGCUGUGACAUAGGGAUCCCUGAUAUAGGGAGAUGUUUGUAAGAAUAAUAUAUUAUUUUGGGUUGGAUGUUUUUUUUUGUCUGCUUCAUACGUAUAUUGUUAAAUUUUAAUGCUCAACUCACUUAAACUGACAAAGUAAUGUCUGACUGACCUCAGAUUAGCGUAUCGUAAGACUAACUGUAACACAGAUUGGUCCAUUUGAACCAUUGUUUUACAGCUUUAUUUAUUAAUUAUUUUAAACAAAAUGAAACAUUGCUCUGUUACAGAAACAUUUCUUAUAAACUCGCUAUUCACUCUCUGACUGUUUGAUUCACAGUAUGAUUUUGCCUUUGUGGAUAUUUUUAGUGCCGUUGGUUUCACUGAAAACCAUGUUUCUGUCAAUACAGAGGGUAACAUUAACCAGACAAGGCCUGCUAGAUGUUUUAAUAAUCCACUCAGACAAGGCUAUGAACUGAGGGUACAGAUUGGCUUUAAUGAAACUAUGAAGAAAGAGCAGUUUUGUGUGUGAGACAGUUGUAUUAUAAUUUUUUGCUAUUUUUAUAUGAGAAUUGGGGGGUUGGUUAAAAUGGAACCCAUUAUUGUCAGAUAUGUAUGAAAUUCAGUUAAGGAAAGAGAAAUAAAGUUUAAACAAAGUGA